CCGGCGAGCUCCGUCGUCGAGCCACGGAGCGCCGGUCAACUUGGCGCCAUCAUUACGCGACGCGCGCGUCCUGACCGAUCAAGCAAGUCGGACGCUUGGACUCUGGUCGACCCACCCUCCUGCUCGGCUCCUAUAUAUACCCGCUCGGCGUCGCGCCAUGCCAUGCCAGCCACAACCCGAGCGUCCAAUCAGCUAGCAAGUGUAGAGCGGCUGACUGAGUGCGCGCUUGGGCUAGCUUGCAGUGUGCGUGUGACACGCUAUAGCUAGCUUUGUCUGUUCGGUUGAGGCGGCGAGAGCACCUGAGAUCCAUGGCGGCGGAGGCGAGGAGGAGCAGCGCGGCGCUCGUGGCCGCGGCCGCCGUCGUCGUGGCGCUGCUGGCGCUGGCGCCCGAGGCGUCCCGGGCGGAGCGGUUCGUCGUCGGGGACGCGGCGCGGUGGACGUGGGGGUACAACUACACCGACUGGGUCAUCAGGAAGGGCCCCUUCUUCCAGAACGACACCCUCGUGUUCAUGUACGACCCGCCGAACGCGACGGUGCACGCGCACAGCGUGUACAUGAUGCGGAACGCCGCGGACUACCAGUCGUGCAACCUCAAGGCGGCCAAGCUGGUGGCCGGCGUCAUGCAGGGCGCCGGAUCGGGCUUCGAGUUCGUGCUCAGGAAGCGCAAGACGCACUACUUCGUCUGCGGGGAGCGCGGCGGCAUCCACUGCACCAUGGGGCAGAUGAAGUUCAUCGUCAAGCCCAAGAGCUCUGCAUGCCGCGACUGACCAGCCCGGCGACCCGGUUGGCGUCCUGGCCUUUCUUCUGCAUGCCCCCUUCUUUGAUUCCUGUUCAAAUCGUUGCUCCUUCGUGCUUGUAAGUUAUUGAUUGAUGUAUUUACGCGGCGGGCGUUGUUGCGUGGUGUAUUCAGUUACGGGUGUAUUUGUAGUGUCUGCUACUUAUGCAUGAAUGGUUGGCUGAAUAAAUUAAAAGGAGCGUCUUAGUGAGUUGUCAA